AUGGACCUCACCUACGAUCCAGGCCACAUAAAAGGCCGAACAAUCCUCAUAACCGGCGGCGCCUCAGGGUUCGGCGCUGCAUUUGGCACGCGCUGGGCAGCUGCCGGAGCCACCGUGAUACUCGGAGACAUCAACCCAAGCGGAGAAGAAGUCACAGCACGAAUCCGGCAAGAAACGCAGAACCCGAACGUGCAUUUCAUCCAAUUGGAUGUCACCUCUUGGACAUCGCAGGUGAAUUUCUUCCGCGAAUCUCUCAGACUAAGUCCGCAUGGUGGAAUCGACACGGUCGUUGCAAAUGCAGGUAUCAACGAUGGCCGCGAGGCGAGUGUUUUUGAAAAUCCUAAGGUCGACUAUCUGAAUGAUCCCAGCCCGCCGGCUCCAAGUUUCAAAACGCUCGAUGUCAAUAUCACUGGUGUGAUGUAUACGGUGCAUUUGGCAUUGUUCUUCUUGCCGAAAAACCCCGACUCCAAGCCUUGUCGCGAUAUUGCCAGUGCCCCCGAGUCCGAGUCAGAGAAGCUGCUUGGAAGAGAUAGACACAUUCUGCUCCUGGGAUCAGUUGCAAGUCUACACCCACUUAUGACGCAGGCGCCAUACACCGUUUCAAAGCACGGUAUUCUGGGAUUAUUCCGGUGUCUACGGAUAUCAGCCCCGAUCAGCGCCGGUGUUCGGGUAAACAUCGUCUGUCCGUACUAUACAGAUACCCCAUUCAUGCAAGCGCCGCCGCGGGCGCUUCUGGCAGGCUGCCCGCUGGGCAAAAUCGAGGAUGUUGUGGAUGCGGCGUCGUAUUUGGUUGCGGAUAGAAAUUGCAUAGGUCGCUCGCUAGUCACGGGGCCGAAAUUGAAGCUUGAUUCUUCGACUGGAGGUGUUGGCCCCGAAUACCCCGAGGGCAAAGAUGGUUCGCAAGGCUCUCAGGAACGAGAAGGACCGGUCUGGGAGUGCUAUCUACAUGACAUGGAUCCUGCAGAUAUCUUUACCCAACGGAUGUUGACGGCUGUCCAUACCGCUGUGCAGGUACGAGGAUGGUCUGGCUGGGCGUAUGAUAUGGCGGGUGCUUUGACGUGGCCAGUUCGUCAAUGGUGGAAUUCUGGAUUGGGUCGGAGGUAA